CCAUAGAUUAACUGAGACAAAUAUUCCCGUUUUCAUCUUGUCCUGUAUUUUUUUUUCUUUUUGCCUGCAGAAGCGCAUAUUUCAUUGCGCAUGGAAGACUCAGUCACGCACAUGUAAAAAAUGAAGCCUGUGAUUUUGCUGUUUUUCAUCAUUUGGUCUGGAUGUGUGGAGCUGAAACCCCGGAGAGGAGGUGGGGUGGUUUGUACUUUUAAAGACAAAACCUAUAGCCCAGGAGACAGCUGGCACCCCUAUCUGGAGCCGUUUGGAUUCAUGUUCUGCAUGCGCUGCGUGUGCGCAGAGACAGGUCAUGUAAGAUGCAUCACCAUCAAGUGUCCGGCACUGUCGUGUGAAAACCCAGUGACCGAUCCUCAGCGAUGCUGUCCAAGAUGCGCAGAUGAGUCCCGGAUCCCCGCAGGGCUGAGGGCCUCCGUCAAGUCAUGCAGGCAUAACGGGAGUAUUUAUCAGCCCGGGCAGACUUUCACCAAGCACGACCUCUUCCCCUCCAAGCACAGCGACCAGUGCGCCAUGUGCACAUGUUCUGGUGGAAACAUCUUCUGUGCUCUGAAAACAUGCCAACCCAUCACCUGUUCCUCACCCGUUCCAGUCCCAGGCACCUGCUGUUUGGUGUGUAAAGAUCAGGGCACCAGCGGGUCCUCGUCAGCAGAGGACGGAAACCAACAGCUGAACAGAGGAGUCAGGCACUCGAUGGACCGGUGUUCUGCAGAGCAGAGCCAGCUACGGUCGGACCGCACCACUCCACACCGAACCAAGACCUCCUCCAGGAGCCUGAGCCUCAGCAGACUCAACCUCCAAGGGGCUUCAGAGACCACUGUGAAGUUUCUGUUGCAGAAACACCAAAGAGUGUGUUUAUACAAUGGCAAGACAUAUUCUCAUGGAGACACAUGGCAUCCAGUUGGGAAGGUUCUGGAAUGCAUCCUCUGCACUUGUACUGAUGGCCUCCAGGACUGCAGACGCAUCACAUGUCCCGACCUACCAUGCAAACAUCCCAUCAAAUUACCAGGAAAAUGCUGCAAGAUGUGUCCAGAGAGUAAAGCAGACACUAAUCAGACCCAGUGCUAUUCUGGGUAUAAAAAUGACCUCCUGGUGUAUAAAGUGGAGUCAUCUCUGAAAGCCGACUCAUCAAACACAAUUCGGAUCAUUGCUGUUGAAAGGCAAAGUACGUCUGAGGUUGAAGUGCAAGUAUGGAACAUUGUAGAAGUUCCUGCAUUA